UUGCAAUAUUGCAGGAAACCGAGCGACUUCGUCACUGUGAUCCCAGAAAUUUGUGAAAACAAAACGGAAAACUACACAUCAUGUACUCGAACACAACGUGACCAUGAUGUCACGACAAGACUCAACCGAUCGUCACAAUCACAAACCACCUUAGGCUAUUCUUGUCUUUAUGACUACAUACAUCCAAAACCAGCUUCCAUUAGGCGGCCGAGUCUGUACAAAGGACUGAACAGAAGUUUAGUAGAAAAAAGAUUUGAUACAAUAUCGGCCAAGUACCCAAUACUACAAUGGCCUAAACUCGUCAACGAAAAAUUUAUUCUUGUAAGCUUUGGAUCGCUUGCACAGGCUCAAUAUAUGCCUCUAAAUCUCGCUCGGAAGCUUCUCUAUGCCUUCUCACAAACUCCCUACAAAGGUGACCAAGGUUCAAAUGUUAGACGCCUGGCGGACCUCGGCAGCUGUAAAAUGAUUUCUAUGCGUCGAGUCUGGCAGGAUGAGUUGCUUUCUACCAUGAAGGAGUUUGAGAGAAAUUUGGAAGGAUAUUGGAAAAGAGCUGGCCAACUUUCCUCAAUGCUCGCAACCUAUCGUAGGCUGCAUGUUGGAGAACAAGAGUUCUGGAUGAAAUGGACAAUUCGCCAUGGAACUAGGCUCCGUGACAGAAAUCUGUUUAGAAUGAACUACAUUGGCGACACGGAAAACGAGUUUUGGUUCACCAUUGUAAUGAUUUUUAUUGCAUCUCUAUUUAUUGCUUCUAUCUAA